UUCAUAUUUUUCGCUCUGUUUACCGUGAGGUAUAUAGAAAAACAUUCCAAAAAUACAUUGAAUGUUACUAAAGAACAUUAUAGUUACAUUGGUAAAGUACCAGGUCACCGUAUUUAGCGUUCGUUUUAGUACUAAAAUAAACAUGGCCUUAGAAAAAGCAAAACAAGUGGCAGCGUACAGGGCGGUAGACGAGUUUGUGACGAAUGAUUCUGUCUUCGGCGUCGGCAGCGGAUCGACAGUUGUAUACGCCGUGCAACGCCUCGCAGAACGAGUAGAGACUGAAAAGUUGAAGGUGACCUGUAUCCCUACAUCAUUCCAAGCCAAACAGCUCAUUCUCAAGCAUAACCUAUUCCUUGGAGAACUCGACACGAACCCUCGCAUUGAUGUUACCAUUGACGGAGCGGAUGAGGUGGAUGCCAACAUGACCUUGAUAAAAGGAGGGGGAGGUUGUUUGCUACAAGAAAAAAUUGUAGCUUCCUGUUCCAAAAAAAUGAUAGUGAUUGCUGAUUAUACUAAAGACUCUUCUAAACUUGGAGAUAGAUAUAAGAAAGGGAUCCCAGUAGAAGUUAUUCCUAUGGCUUAUGUUCCUAUUAGAAACAAAAUUGUGGAUCUGUUUGGAGGAGAAGUGAAAUUGCGAAGUGCUAUUGCCAAGGCCGGGCCUGUUGUGACUGAUAAUGGAAACUUUAUUCUAGACUGGACGUUCACCAAUCAAGACUUGGACUGGGAUCAUGUCAACAAAACCAUCAAGAUGAUACCUGGAGUGGUUGAAACAGGGUUAUUUGUGAACAUGUGUCAGAAAGCUUACUUUGGACAACCCGAGGGGAAUGUCGUUGAGAGAUCUGCUGCAUAAAAUUAGAUUUUUUUUAAUUUAUUAUAGUACUUUUUGUUUCUGAGCAAGUACAUGGCUAUAAUUAUUAUAAA